AUGCAGCUCAUCGUUAGAAAGUCAGGAGAGCGUGGAUUCGCUCAAUAUAAAAAUUUUCUCAAGACAUUUCACACAUUCAGCUUUGCCAAUUACUUUGACUUGAAGUAUAUGGGAUUUGGUCCUUUGCGGGUCAUAAACGAGGAUCGCGUCGAUCCUAUGAGUGGAUUUCCGACCCAUCACCAUCAAGGAUACGAGAUUUGGACCAUGGGCAAUACUGAAACCAUUCAAAGAGGAGAUAUCCAGUAUACGUCAGCUGGAACAGGAAUAGCCCAUUCUGAGUAUAAUAAUGAACCACACGGAAGUGACGAUAGCCAUUUCCUUCAAAUAUGGGCUAAGCCAGACGACAAGUUUUUACCACCAACGUACUACACUCGCCAUCAUUCAGAAGAAGAUAAACAUAAUCGACUUCAAGUGAUCAUCGCUCCCAAUUUCACGAUUAAAGAACCUGAACAGGUUAAAUCAAAUGGUGCCCAAGUUGGCACUGAGGUCACAACAGACGGCUCGGUGAUUCCAUUUCCUGGAGAUUUGGGCAUGUGGGCAUCUAUCCUUUCUCCAGGGUCUCGUGUAACUCAUGUGUUUGGUCAGUGGAAUGCUUCUUCACCGUUGCGAAAGGGUUACCUUCAUUUAAUUCAGACAUCCGGCUUUGCGGGUCCUCGUGAUCCCUCAGUUGGUAAAGCACAACUGAAGGUGGGAGACAAAAUUAUACAGGAAGGUGAUGGUCUCUUUAUUGUCGAUAUCGAAAAACUAGCUUCUUUGACGAUUGAGAGCAUUGGUUCGGUAGAUGCAGAAUUUGUUUUUUUCGACAUGACUGCUGAUGAUUGA